AUGAGAACGAAACCGUUCCUGUUGAUUCUGACGAGCGUGCUUACGACCAGCUUUAUCCUGAUUCUGUUCGGUUCCGCCGGCCAACAGAAUGACUCGUUAAAGAACAUCGUUUCGCAGACGCAUCAGCAGUUUCGCAACUUCAAGAAAAAUCUCCGUGAAUCGAACUCCGAUCUGAGGCCCGAGAUCGAUCCCAAAUAUCUGGCGCAGCUUGGUUUCACGCAACCGCUCUAUAAUGGCAGCAACCGGGCAAACUUCACGAUCGUCACGUACGCGUUACCGGGUGAUAUUGCAUCAGCACUGUUGUACGUCCAGCACAUCGCUUUGAAGCUGCCAUCCCAGCCGUUGCUAGUGUAUGAUCUCGGUUUGGCUGAAUCCGAUUUACACGCCCUGCAAGGCUCGUGCAAUAGUACUUCAGCGACGCAUUGCACUGUGAUAACGUAUGAUCUGAGCAAGCUACCAGCGCACGUUGCCGAUCGAAGCAUGCAUGCUUUUCGGCCGAUCAUUAUCCACGACGCUUUGGCCCGCUCCAAGCUGAUCCUGUUCACGGAAAACAACGUACGCCUCAAGGGAGGCACCAGUGUGCGGGAUCUCGAAGAUGUGCGAAUGCGAGCGGAGAACAGCAGCUCAGGGGUGCUCGGAUGCAUGACAAAACAACCGGUCACAAGCCGGACGCAUCCGAAAAUGUUCGAAUAUUUCGAGAUCGCCGUGGACAACUUCUACUUCCUGCCGAUGACGUCGCUCGAGUUCGUUUUCUUUCGUAAUAGCGCGACGGUGAACGAUAAGGUGCUGCAGCCAUGGGUCCGCUGUGCACUCACGCUUGAAUGUUUGCAUCCCAUUGGCGCUCAGUCCGGUGGUUGCAAGUACAAUAAGAAGCCGCUGUAUCGGUACUCGGGUUGCCACGAGUACGACACGUGCGCGUUCAACAUCAUCCUCGGUAUGACAUUCGGGUACGAAGAGAGCAAUUACUCCAAUCAGGAUCUAGCGAAUCUGUACUACGUGGAAUCGCUGGAGCAAGCGACCAAGAUACUGGAAAACCGUCGAAAGAACAUCAGCGAUACGUCAGAGCAUCCGUUCACCGAGGAUUGA